GCGACCCAUCGAAAUGGUUAACAAGUCGGGUCAGAUUUUGGUGCUGGCAAUAGCCCUCGCUGCUUUUAUAGGUGGCACCCAGGGAGCAAACAUUCUGGGUCUAUUUCCCAGCCUGAGUCCCUCACACGUGAUCAUCCAAAUGUCAGCGGCCAAGGUUCUGGCGGAAAAGGGCCACAAUGUGACGGUGGUCACAGUGCUAAAGCCAGUGGUUACCCACAAGAAUAUCAAAGUGAUCCAAGUUCCUCUAACUAAGGAGGAGUCCCAGCAAAUGAGCGAUACAAUCGGAGCGAUGUCCAAGAGCGACAAUAGCAAUAUGAUUCUGUCCCUGAUUCGCAUGUCGGGGCAAAUGGACUUCAUGUACAAUAAGAUGGCGGAAGCCCUCAAAAACGAUCGUGUUCGUGAUCUAUACCUGAAUAGGGACAAUAAAUUCGACCUGGUGCUAUCUGGAUACUUUAUGAACGAUUUCCAGCUUGGCUUUGCUAAGAAGGUGAAGGCACCUGUCAUCGUCGUGGCCUCAAUGCCACCCAAUCAACUGUUGAACCCCCUAAUCGGAAACCCUCUGGAGGUCGCCUAUGUGCCCUCAAUCAAUGACUCCGUGGAAAAGGGCAAGGCUUUGACCUUCCGGCAGCGUUUGACUGGCUAUGUUUCAAGCGUCUUCUUCGAAAUCUUUAGCUGCCUUUCCGAAAGACGUAAUAGAAAUUUGUACAAAGAUAUUUUCGGUGACGAUCCCACCUUGCCAGAGUACUCGGAAUUGCUGAAGAACACGUCUUUGGUGUUCUUCGCUUCCCACGCAGCCAGCGAAGGACCCAUUCGACCCAAUGUUCCUGCAGCGAUAGAGAUUGGUGGUAUUCAAGUUAAGGACACGCCAGAUCCCCUGCCCCAAAAUAUGGCGGAGUUCCUGGGAAAUGCCACAGAUGGUGCGAUUCUCCUCUCUCUGGGCUCCAAUGUUCAGGGAAGCCACCUUAAACCAGAAACGGUCGUCAAGAUGUUUAACGUCCUCUCGAAACUGAAGCAAAGGGUCAUCUGGAAGUGGGAGGAUCUGGAGAAGACACCCGGAAAGUCGGACAACAUUCUCUACUCCAAGUGGCUGCCUCAGGACGAUAUCCUGGCCCAUCCUAAAAUUAAGCUGUUCAUCAAUCACGCCGGAAAAGGUGGAAUUACUGAGUCCCAGUACCAUGGAAAGCCAAUGCUUUCUCUGCCAGUGUUUGCAGACCAGCCAGCUAACGCGGAUGCUAUGGUCAAGAAGGGUUUCGGCCUCAAGGUGAGCCUCCUCACUCUGGAGGAGCAGCCAUUCCGCGAGGCAAUCCUAGAGAUCCUGUCAAAUCCUCAGUAUGCCCAAAAGGUGGCCUCGUUCUCCUCCCUCUAUCGAGAUCGCCCCAUGACCGCCAGGGAGUCAGUGGUCUACUGGGCGGAGUACGUCAUUCGACACCAUGGAGCUCAGCACCUGCAGAGUCCAUUGGUGCACAUGAACUUCAUAGCCGCCAAAAACAUUGAUAUCUAUGUUUUGUUUGCAGCUAUCUUAGUUACUUUAAUAUUGCUUAUUAAGGCGCUGGUGCAGUUUAUUUACAGAAAGUGCACAUCAAAACAAGAGAAGGAGAAAAAGCAAUGAAUAUUUUGAAUAGGCUUGCCAUCAAGCCACUAGUGGAAAUACUCGUCAAUAAAUAUGACAUUAAGCUAGCGAAAUAAAAUAAAAACAAAUGUAAA